AAAAUAGUCUCAGCGGGUCAGGGGCUUGUCAUCGAUAAGCAAAGAACAGCAGCGGCACUAGUCAAAAAGAUGGGAGUGGAGAAGGAAGUUUUGAGGCCCGGAACCGGUCCCAAACCGGUAGCCGGUCGGAACGUCACAGUCCACUGCACUGGUUUCGGGAAAAAUGGUGAUCUCUCUCAAAAGUUUUGGAGCACAAAGGAUCCUGGACAGAAGCCAUUCAGCUUCAAAAUCGGCCAAGGUUCUGUUAUUAAAGGAUGGGAUGAAGGUGUGCUGGGAAUGCAAGUGGGAGAAGUUGCUUGUCUGCGGUGCUCUCCGGAUUAUGCUUAUGGUUCUGGUGGGUUUCCUGCUUGGGGUAUUCAACCUAACUCCGUCCUAAUUUUUGAGAUCGAAGUCCUGAGCACAGAGUGACAACUCUCUUGGUAAAACCAUGUGGUUUGUUCUGAAUAACUUGCUUUGAAGGAGUAGCAUGUACGACUAUUAUGAUGACGUAUAUGUUAUCUUUCGAUUCUUGGAGCAUAAUAUAAAUGUUAUUUUCGAACUCUAGAUUGCUUAUUUUAAGUUAAUACUGAAGUCCUUAUGGUGAACAUAUUUCAUUUCUGCUUGGGGGUCUUCAUAUAUGUUCCAAUUAAUGGUGUACAUGCGGAUGCGGUUAUUUACAAUAUCUGCAUUUGCAGCUAUAAAUAUCACUUUUAGAUA